AUGAUCUACAUCAUCAUGGGAGUGUCAGGCUCUGGGAAAAGCUCUUUGGGGGCCUUCCUAUCAGAAAAGCUAGGGUGGCCGCUACAUGAAGGCGACAGCUUCCACUCAGAGGAGAAUGUGGCCAAAAUGGCUCGUGGAGAAGCACUCACCGACCAGGAUAGGUUUCCUUGGCUUCUAAGACUGCAUGAUGUCAUUGAAAGGGAAAGAUGUUCCGGCUCUGAUGCACUUGUGGCCUGCUCAGCCCUCAAACGCUUUUACAGACUCAUCCUCCUUCACGGCUCCAAAGCCUUCUCUAUCUCUACCUCCUCUCCUCCACUUCCACACUCUCUCCCCAACACCUUCUUUCUCUACUUGCACGGAAAUCAAGAGGUCAUCCGUCAGAGGAUGGUUGCCCGCAGAGGACACUUCAUGAAGGCAGACUUGCUGAACUCCCAGUUUGAUGUCCUUGAGCCCCCUGGGGAGGGGUCGGAGGAGAAUGUUAUCCAUCUGGAUGUGAGCAUGAGCCUCAUUGACAUGACUGUGGAGGUGGAGAAACAUCUUAACAGCCUCAAGCCUCCAAGACUGAAUAUCCAUUGA